AUGGAACGUGAGGGUCGCAUGAGUCCGUAUAGACCUCGGAGGAUUCGCGACAGGGAUGAGGACGACGAGGACGACAAUGGCGACUCCCGAGGUAGCUCGGGGCCACCGCCGACAUGGGAUGGCACCUCCUCGACGUUCGAGGACUACAACAUCAAGGCCCGCCUGUGGCUGGCAACGACGAAGGCCAAGGCGAAGAUGAGAGGCCCACUGCUGCUCAAGUCAUUGACUUCAACACCAUUCGAGGUGUACAAGCAUUGGGCCAAAGACCCUCUAUGGUUGCAGGACACCUCCAAUGCUGAAAAGUUGCUGGAUGACAUGAACAGGCCUGAACGUUAUGGAGAUGAUCAACAAGAACAUAUGUUGACCGCGAUGUCAAGACUGACAUACCAUAUCAGAAGGCAGAAGAAUGAGGACUGGCGAGAAUUUUUCGCCAGGUGGGAUACAGCACUUCGUAAAGUGCACCAGCAUCAAAUCCAACUCCCUGAAGAGUACGAGGGCUUCUUGCUUGUCAACGGCCUGAUGCUGACCGAGAACGAGACGAAGACGUUGAUGAAUUUUACCCAUGGAUGCAUCAAGCCAUCGUCAAUCAAGAGCUGGCUGAGGAAGAAUGAAACGACCCUCUCCGCCGCAGAGCUGGGAGCAGAAUCGAAUAAGAAGAAGACGAACCAGCUGCUCUACACCGUUGACGAGGACUUCACAGAGGAGACCAAGUCCGAUUACGAGCAGGACUACCCGGACGACAUCAAGGAGCUGGAGGCGAAUUUGAUGGACCUGCAGACCGACCAGGACAAUGACGAGGUCAUCUCUGAGGCUGAUGCGGCCGAGAUUUUGUCGACAUACGUCUUGCAGAAAAAGAAGAGUUACGUUGAGUCACUCCGGAACAAGAAGAACAAGGAACUUGCCAGGGGCUACGGUGCAGGAAGCCGGAGCAGUACCAGCUACAGCAACCAAUCUUUUGGCCGAGAACAUCGAAGACAGAACUCUGAGGAGAGCCUGGCUGCUUUGAAGCGACGCACUCGGUGCGACCGUUGCCACCAGAUCGGCCAUUGGAAGCGGGAGUGCAAGAAUGCUCCAGCCAAAUCAGACCCUGGCAAAUCUCACGAGACAAACUAUCUGGAGAACACCAACGAAGUCUUCUUCGCAGGACAUCUUGAGCUUGAGCCGCACCACCUGAGUGCUGACCCUGAGAACCGCCAUUUUGGCGAUGACCAUCAGGAGCACUUCGGAUUCCACUUCAAGAUUUUACUGAAGAACAAAUUCAAUGCCUUGAAGAACUGCAGGUCGAUCGCCCCGUUAGAGAUGGACCUGGGGAGCAACAAGCGCAGCCGUGCGACCGAGCCAGCACACCCAAUCUCUUGGGCAGCGUGGUCGAGAAUGGCACGGAAGCUGCUCUCAAUCCUGAUCCCCUUCAACAUGAUGAUCGAGCGGAUUCUUGGAGAACAACGCGAACUUUCGGGAGUUCUUCAUCGUGCAGUGCAGAACAUGGAGUUCGAGGACCUCAGGCAGUUCCACGAGUUCGUCGCGAAGGAGGUCAACCGCCGACUUCUCCCCAGCGGACGCAACAUCGAGAUCGAGGAGAUCCUGCUCAGCGAGCCGGAGUCGGACUCGUUCACCCUCCUGACGGAUCAGGCGUCGAGCACAUCGCCGUCAGCAUCGUCCAGCAGGGCCAGUCGGCAGAAGAAGACCAAGGCCAAGGUCAACAAGUUGGUGGACGAGGUGGACGGGAUGGAGAUCCUCUUUGGACCUCGACCAGAAUGUCACUGCCGGCUUCCAGCAGCACUGCACAUCAGCCACACCGAGAAGAACCCGGACAAGAUGUUCUUCCGAUGCCCGAAGGAACAAGGAAGCCAAUGCAAGUUCUUCGUUUGGACCGAGAGCCAGCCAUUCCUCGAACUGAACAAUUGGAAGUUCCGACAACAACCUGGAGAAGAUCCCAAGACCGACUACGACAUCUUGACGGAGAUCGUUCAGGAGAAGUGCAAGCACCAGAGGACCAAUCGUCAAGGGACGAACCAUCUCCGCGAGAAGGUGAAGUGCAGCACCUGCAAGAAACUCCUCUCGGACACGCCAGUACCAGCACCUUCGAACAAGCAGAAAGACAAGGAGAAGGAGUUCGCACAGUUCCAGGAGUACCUCAAGUGGAAGGAGACACGAAGUGCCACUGCGGAUCUGAUGCGGCGUAUGAACCAAGAGAUUUGCAAUGAAUUGCACUCUCAGCUGCAAAACUUGUCAAAACGGAAACGGGAAAACAUGCCUGAAUUGAUGAAAGAGUAUUUGAAAAAGAAACAGCAGAGCAAUCAGCUCCUCAUCUUCGCGAUUGAGAUUUGUCACCUCUGUCUCGAAUUGGGAAUUACCUUCGUGUUCGAGCAUCCCCUUUCAGCAAGCUCCUGGAAACACCGUGCCAUGGAGCGAAUUCUCCGUUUACCGAACGUGUUCAUGACCCGAGCGGAUCAAUGCUGUUAUGGACUGAGAGGAGCUUCCGGAUUAUUACAUCGAAAAGCAACAGGCUUCAUGACCAACGAUGAGAACAUGUCACGAGCUCUUAGCCGCCGAUGUGAUGGAAGCCACCAACACGAAGCGAUUAUCGGAGGUAACCGAUCCAGGAAGUCUCAGGAGUACCCGAUUGACCUCAGAGAAACAAUUCUCAAGACCUACAAGGACACGAUCCAGACCGAGAUCUACACGAUGACCGUCGACGAGCUCUUCACGGAGAACGACAAGAUCAACGAGCUGUUUCACUAUUUCCUGGAGGAGAAGAAGGUGACAAAGAACAACAAGAUGAUCAAGAAUGUCAUAGUGACCAAGAACCUCAAGGCUCCCAAGUUCAACCUCGUUCCAAAGAACCUCUUGAUCCUUCAGAAUGUCCAGAUUCCGGAAGAGACCUACAACCACCUGAAGGAGGCAAAGACUUACCUCUAUCCGGAAGGUUCACUUUGGUAUGCCAACGCCAAGCCCGAGAUCAUCGAGCAGGCCAAGAAGAUGAAGUGUAGUGUCUGUGAAAGACACAAACAAGUUAGACCAGUCCGACGAAGUGCACCUCCAAGAGAACUCAGUUUCAACGAAUGUGUGGGAGUGGAUGUGGUCUACCUGCCAACGUUUGACAAGAAGACGAGACCAGCCCUGAACAUCCUGGACUGGGGAACCAAGUUCCAGCUGCUCAUACCAUUGCCUGGAAAGAAACCUCAGUACGUUAGAGAAGGAUACCGUCACUGGCUACGCAUCUUCGGUCCACCGAAAAGACUGGCCAUUGACUUGGGCAAAGAGUUCAGGGGCGAGUUCGCCACUCAGGCAGAAGCUGACGGAAGCUACGUCGACCCAUCAGCAGUUGAAACACCACAACAGAGAAGCCUGACUGAACGACAUGGAAAGACUAUGAAAUUCAUCCUCCUCAAGGCAAUGGACACUGCAAGCUGUACGAACAUGAAGGACUGGGAGGAUCUCGUCAGCGUCUCAUGUAUGACGAAGAACCGAAUGAUGUCUGUGGGAGGAUUCAGUCCGUGCCAAAGAGUCCUUGGAUACAAUCCUACAAUUCCUGGCGGCAUCCUUAAUGGAGGACACAGUGAAAUUGCCCAAACCUCUGGAUCUAAGAUGACGGACUUAGCAAUCGAAAGAUCCAUGAAACUCCGCAAAGCAGCAGCACAAGCGUUCAUUGAGGCGGACGCCAAUGACGCGCUCAGAAGGGCGAUUUCCAGCGGUCCGAGGCCAUGGAUCGACUAUGAGAUUGGCGAGCUAGUCUACUUCUACAGGAUGGGCGCAGACAAGAAGCUCAAGUUCAGUCCUAGCUACUGGCAAGGACCGGCCCGGAUUGUCAUGACUGACCAACCCAGCACUAUAUGGCUGACACAUAGAGGAUUUCUGGUCAAGGCCAGUCCUGAAAGAAUCCGCCGCGCCAGUCUUGAAGAGAACAUGUCAAUCUCCGGAUGGUUGGAGGACAUUGUCGGAGCCAAGAAGGACAUCGCCACCGAGCCCUGCAGAGGUUAUCUGGAUCUAUCAGAUCAUCCUCUACCUCCUGAAGAAGAUCCCGGACCCGAUGGAGUACCAGAUCAAAUGUCAGAGGGAUACGAACCUUCUAUUGCACCUGAUGAAGCACUACAAGAUGAACCUGAAGUUGCUCCACUACCAGCUGAUCCUGAACAAGAACAGCCCAGCUACAGUAUGCCAAUCAAGCGACAGCGUGUCAAAGGACCACAACCUCUUGGACCAGUUGUACCAGCAGCUUUGGUACAGCCUGGACAUCAGCAAGAUGUGCAAGAAGAUGAAGGAAGCGACAAUGAAGAUCAUCAAGGACUGAAACGAGAACAUGAUCAAGAGGAGACUCAGGAAGAGGAGCCAAGAUCGAAGAGAUCCCGAACGGAAUAUCUCGAGAUAUACUUUACCAAGGUCGAGAACCUCUUGAAGAGCAAGCAGAAAAAGGAGAUCAAGUACCAGGCCUUAGAUGAGAGAAGCAAGAAGCGAUUUGACAAGGCAAUCAGAAAGGAGUUCCAAAACAAUACAGACAUUGGAGCAUACCGUGUGCUCAGUGUCGAAGAAUCAGCACAGGUCCGGCAACAGAUGCCAGACAAGAUCAUGGAGAGCAGACUGGUUCUUACAGCAAAACCUCUAGAACCUCACGAAGUCGAACCAGCCCGCCAAGAUGGACUCCUUCUUGAUCAAGCCCAAGGAGAUGCCGACAACGAACCAUGUAAGGCAAAGGCUCGACACGUGAUGAAGGGCUACUCAGAAGAAGGAGCUGAUGACAUCGAAGCAGCAACACCACAGGUGACCCGAGAAGGCCUAGCACCAUCACAACUAUUGAAACUGGAAAAGGUCUGCUAUGGACUGACUGACGGACCGCUCGCCUGGUUUAUUCAUCUCAAGAAAUUCUUGACAGAAAAACUCCAUUAUCAGCAAUCUCUGGCCGACCCGUGCAUCUACUACAAGAUCAACGAGAAUGGAAAAUUGAGCGGCGUCAUUGCAGUGGCUACCGAUGAUCUACUGCAUGGAGGAGAUGAAGCCCAUUUAGAGGCAAUGGAGGAAAUCAAAAAGAAUUACAAGCUUGGGAAAUAUCAAUUUGGAAAAGGGAAAUUCACUGGAAAAUAUUUUGAACAACAGGAAGACUUCAGUAUUGUGAUCAACCAGGCCCACUAUGUCGCUGAGAAGCUCUUUGACAUCCCCUUGGAGAAGAGCCGGAAACGUCAACGAUUCAGUAUAUGCACCGACAAGGAGAUCUCAAAUCUCAGAGCGAGCAUUGGGGCAUUAUCUUGGCUUUCCAAGGAAAGUCGACCCGAUCUAGCCGGACGAGUGGCACUACUCCAACAAGCCUUUCCAAAGCCACGAGUCAAGGACUUGAUUGAGGCCAAUGCGAUUACCACCGAGGCACGUAGAUAUCCCGACAGUCAACACUAUUUCAUCCUGGAGCCGCAGAAGGUCCUGACCUACACCAUCUACAACCAGGACGUCGAACAGUCGACAGCACUGGCCGAGUUUUGGAAGACGAGUGGACCCGUGGCAACAGUAUUCGUGUGUGGAGUGCUGAUCACUGGACAGGAAAAACCUAUUUUGGAAAACAACCACCAGGACAUGAAUUAG